AUGUGUUUCGGACGCAAAAGGAAAGCAGAGCCCGGAGCCAUCCCACCAACACCCACCGGGCGGCGGACGAGCAGAGGUCACAGCAGCUCAGACGACGGGGUGGGCGCGCCGGCGAGAACAUAUGUCCCGAUCGUGGCCGACCACUCAAAGGACCGCCAUGGUGGAUUAGGUGAAGAUGGGGGUGGCGGCGGAGGCUCUGGUGCGGGCGGUACGAUGGCCGCGGGGGGCGGUGGUACGGGACACGGCGCUGGGCAGGAUUGGGGUGGGGGCGGUGGUACGGGACACGGCGCUGGGCACGAUCGGGGUGGUGGUGGUGGUGGUGGUGGUGGUUGCGGUGGUGGGGGGGACUACUCUAGCUAG